ACACACACACACACACACACACGCUGCUGGUUAAUGACUCCUGCCACAGAGUCGCCCACAAAGCUAAACACUCGUCGUCAGUCGUCACAGAAGCUUUAGUUGCUCAGAUGAAAAAACUCUGAGGGGAAAAACAUCAUGAGGGCAUUAGCAAAAGAUCUGCGAUGGAAAUUAGAAAGUGAUGCUGUGACUGCUGGUGUGAAACCGGCUUCCCGUGGCUUAAAUGACGUGCUGUUGUCAGGCAGCCGUGGUUCUCCUUCAUCUGUUGUUCCAGGCAAAUUUCUACAUCUACAAUCUCUAACCUCUGAACUCGGUGAGAUUAAAACUGCUGUCUGUGAAAUAUCUUUCACGACAGUAAUAGUUAAGGAGUCUUGAAGUGGGCUCUCGGUGCCCCCUUCUGGCCUCUUGCAUCAAGAACCAGCAUAAAACAGAUAUUCUGGCUCUAAUUGAGAACACGGUUGCUGACAGGGACAAGAGAAACACAUGAGUGUUGCUUUACUUCACCACUACACGACCUCAUUGAUGGGAAAACGAGGCUGCAGGUCCACUGCUGCCUCGUGUGGUAGCUGUUCAACAAGUAUGGAAACAGCCAGAGUGAACAUUAUAUAAAAAAUAAAUAAAAAAAGCCAAAAAAUGACUAUUCAAUCCAAGAUGGCGGCCUUCCUGUUGGCGUUAUGGCAAAGUCCUCAUUUACUUUUUGGACCGUCUUGACAUGAUUAACGUACGUGAACUUUUUUUUUUAAAUCACCUAAUAAAAGCAUUUUUUUCAUUUCCGUUGGCCACUCCCACUUCCAAUCCUCUACACCACACCAAAAACCUAAAUCCUCCUUUACUAACCUACAUUCCCACAUUUUCGUUUCUCUCUGAAAUGGGACAAAGCCACGAGUUAAGCACUUUGUUUACCCACUAAACCCUUCAGGGCCAACCCUGGUCCUCGAACUGCUUGCUGACGGUUAACAGAGAAAACAGAUCCUUCUUCAUUGGGCUGAAGGUUCUGCACACACCAGGACACCGAAGACUGAGCUACAGUGUGUGUAUCUCAGCAGGGCAGGGGUCAGGAGCAGCGGGCAGGUAGAGGACUUGGGACUGCAGAAACUUCCAGACCCAUCCUGUGUAUCAGGGAAACAACCCUCUGAUCUCCUGCUCUCCACCGUCAGUCCACCAUGGGCCAGAACGUCGGCAAACCCGUGCCGAACCCCUUUCAGAACUCAAACGCCUUUCCCACGUUCAAGAACGCCUACAAGAGAACAGCCUCCGACGAAAACUCACCCGUCCCGCCACGACCGCUGAGCAUCUUCGCCACGCUGAGGAGAUUCCCCGUUGCCAAGCCCAAUGAUUUCAUACCUCUGUUCAAUGACUGCAUCUCUGCUGCCUCGUCCAGAGUCCAGGAGUACAUGCUCUUCAAAGACCCGGAGGACAAGUUCCGCCCGAGCCCUGAGGUGCUCACUCAGGUCUUCCUGAUGACCUACAUAUCCCAGAGUGUUUGCCUCAACAUGACGGACACCUUCAACUGCACAGCCAUGACUCCCCAGCAGCGCAUCCUACUCGGGGCUGACUGGGUCUGGGCCUUGCUGGAGAAGCCCACCAAGAACCCUCGGAUCCAGAUCGCUGUGCAGGUCCUACACCUGCCGGAUAAAGAGGAUUCAGAGGAAAAUGGUGUCCCCCCAGAGGUCUUAAGCGAGUCCCUCCAGAUGGCCCAGAAGGAGUCCAGCAACAAGAACAUGCACGAGAAGUUAGUGGACUUCUGCACCUCCGUCGGCAAGGACUGCUACGCCCUCUUCCUGUUCUUCGGCAAGAAAAAUGAUAAGGGAAACAUCUACGGUGUCCUCAGCAACAAUUUUGAGGCAGCAAUCGGGAAGUGCGCCAAGAUUGACAGACCAUUUAUUGAGAAUUUCUUCAAAGGUUCACGGUAUCUCCACACACCUCCAGGAAUGAUGCAGUCUAUCGUCACCAAGAAGGAGGAGGAUCCUCUCACCCUCAUGAUUAAAUUCAGCUGAAUCAAAAGGGACUCGGGCAAAACCAUGAAACGAGACCAAAGCCUUGUAUUCCGACGCUCACAAUUCUAUCUAUUAAUGUAAACAAAGUCUGUCUGUUAAUCGUAUGACACGUGUUUGCUCAUUACCUAGUGAUGAGCUGCUAGCCGAAUAUACCCGUUGGAAUUAUUAGCAUAGUGCUAAACCUAACAAACAGUAAAAACAAGUUAGUCACGUAUAAACACUAACAUCAGGGACUUACGUGAACUAUCAGUUUCCACACCACUAAUUUAUAUAGUUAGUUAUAUAUUUUUACCCAUUUUGUUGCCGUGUAGAAAACACAGAACCGCGUUCUUCUUCAUAACCUGUUUCACUGAUGUUAAGCAUAGAAAUCUGAAGCUUAAACAUUUUGCAUACGGUGUUUUAAACUUGGAGAAGGCCUUAAUCAUUCCACUGAUAGUUUUAAGCAUUUUUUAAAGCAUAAUAAGAGGGUGUUUCUCUGGGGAUCGUCUUCAAAUGAAGGCUGUGGUAUCAGUAAGGACUGACUUCAUAGUGCAGGUAGUUUUAUGUGCAAAA